ACAUAUACACAGUAGCAUAAUAUACGAACACAGCUCCGCAUUAUCAUCUUUCUACUUAAAACGCUGAACCCUCCCCCACCCCUUUCCUUUUUUUUCCUGCAAAAAAAACCCUAAAAACGACCCUUACGUACUCUCCCUCUCUCUCUUCUCUCCUCUCUCCAUUACAGCGAUAAACAACAGAAUGUCGCUUCGAAGAAAAGUAAUCAACUUUGAAAAGAAAUUUGCAGAGUUGCAAAUGACGCUUGACGCCAUCUUUUCGUUCUCUACCGUCGUCGAUGCUCAUAGAAUUUCGGGCAUGAACAUGUACCAACUUGUAUAUGACAUGUGCAACGCGAUUCCACGACCAUUCACGGAUCGACUCUUUGCGGGUAUAGCGGAAUAUAUUGACAAGCAUACAGUGGGCGUGUGUGAGGUUAGCCAACUGCUUUUUGCUUUGUGGUGUUUUUUCAUGUGCGCGUGUAUAUACGUGUAUCUUUGCCUAUAUGCUUAUUAAAUAAUAAAUAUUUACGGUAGACUAUAUUGGCCCAUGACGAUAUAGUUACUGCAUACGCCCACGAAUUUGAACGUUUCGAGAUGGCUGCUGGGGACAUAUCACGUGGAUGCGAUUAUCUAAAUAGGCUG